AUGUCUCUUCUUCUUCUUUGUUCCGUUGCAGAGCAAAAACAUCAAACGUCUCUUCUUCCUCUUGCAUUCGCUUUCAUCAAACAUUCUUCUUCCUCUUACCUCCGGUUUAUGAUCUCUCCAAUUUAUGGCUACUUGGGUCGGAUUCAUCAUUUGCAAUCCUAUAUAACCCUGAACCUUCAGUCCCAACAGAUCUACGCUCGAGAUGUUAUAGACGAGUUUAUAGAUAUUAGACGCCCAACAAUCGACCGUGAGAAUCUGAUUCAAUCCCGCUCUGAUCGUUGGCCUCUUGUUUCCUUUUCUGUUCGACCUUCUUCUAAGAGCUUCUGCCGAAUAAUGACACGCUCAGGUGACAUAGUGGCUAUUUAUUUUCUCUUCAGGGACAGUUUGCAUGCUAAGCGAUUUGGAAGCAAAGCAUCCCUGAGAUUGUUUGCCUUGAAGAUCCAGCGUCGGAUUGUUAGUCCGAAGCAUCAGAAAACCCGACAAUUUCUGCAUCGGUAUUACGUGGAGAUGAUGGGGCUGGAAAAUCGAGUCUUGUGUUACUCUUUGUUAAAGAUCAGUUUGUUGAAUUCCAGGACUUAUGUACAAAGGCGCACAAUCCUGUGCUUCAGUGGACUGGCAUGUGGGCGAGCUUUCUACCAAAUUGAGUUGGGAGUCUAG